AUGGCUGGAAAAAAGAAAGCUUUUCAGGUAAUAUUGGCGACCUUCUUGGUGUUCCUGUUCUUCAGAGCUUGUUUUGCAGAAGAACGAUCCAUAUACUUGGUCUUAUUGGAAGGAGACGCUGUCGCUUUCUCUCGAGUUUCGUCGCACCCCAAAAGCGAAAGUGGGAUGGUACAUGCAAACAAGUUGGUGGAAUCUCAUGAAAUGCUUCUGCAAACAACCUUAGAGAAGGGAAGCUACACUAAGCUUCACAGCUUCAAGCACAUCCUCAAUGGCUUCUCCGUUCACACCACACCAUCCCAGGCUGGGAGACUGAGAGGCAUAGAAGGAGUGAGAGUGGUGGAGAGAGACGGAGGAGCGAAGAUGAAAACGACAUACACGCCUGCGUUUGUGGGGGUAGAGGGAAUGAGAGUGUGGGAGGACGGAGAAGGAGGAGAAGGAGUGGUGAUAGGUUUUGUGGACAGUGGGAUAAACCCUAGCCAUGGAAGCUUCGCUUACGAUGCUUCACGGCCUUUCCAAUCAAACAUAUCUAAGUUCUCAGGAGGAUGCGAGACCGGUCCAAGAUUCUCUGAGAGUGAUUGUAACGGGAAGAUAGUUGGCGCCAGGUUCUUCUCUAAGGGAGCUCAAGCCAUCGCUCCUCUCAAUCCUUCUCUUGAUUUUCUCUCACCUUUUGAUGCUGAUGGCCAUGGCAGUCAUGUGGCGUCGACCGCUGCCGGGAAUUGUGGGGUUGAUGUGGUGGUCAAUGGGUUUUGCUAUGGCCGUGCUUGCGGAAUGGCACCACGAGCCAGAAUUGCAGUGUACAAGGCUAUUUAUCCAACCGUGGGAACUAUUGCAGACGUUGUUGCAGCAAUCGAUCAAGCUGUGGCUGAUGGGGUGGACAUGAUAAGCCUAUCAGUAGGACCAGAGGAAGCACCUCAAGACACAGUGACGAUGCUGAGCGUGUUGGAGAUCAGUCUGCUGUUUGCAAGAAAAGCAGGAGUGCUUGUGGUUCAAGCCUCUGGCAACAACGGACCUGCUCCUUCCUCUGUCCUCUCCUUCAGCCCUUGGACUCUCUCUGUUGCUUCUUCCUCCACUGAUCGCUUCUAUUCUGCUUCUCUCCUUCUUGCAGAUGGCCAAUCAUUCGGUGGCGUUGGCCUCUCAGGACCAGGCUUUAGAAACGGGUCAGUGCUGCGUAAGUUAGUGUUAGCGAAGGACGCAUUGAAAGUGAAUGGAACAUUUCCAAGGACUCCUGAAUACACAGAAGAGUGUCAACACCCUGAGGCUUUGGACGCUGAGACAUUGCGAGGCAGUGUCAUAAUCUGCUCCUUCUCGUCUGGCUUCUACAAUGGAACCUCUACUCUCACUGCCAUUGUUGACACAGCAAAAGCCCUAAGCCUUCAGGGUUUUGUUCUUGCUGCAAACCCUAGCUUUGGUGAUUAUAUUGCAGAGCCUGUUCCUUUUGCUGUUCCUGGCAUCAUGAUCCCUUCUGUUGCUGAUUCCCAGGCUAUAUUACAAUAUUACGAAAACCAAACGAGAAGGUGUGACAACGGAAGUGACACAUUAUAUGGUGGCAGAGCCGCCAUUGGAGAAGGAAGAGUUGCUUCAUUCAAAGGGAGAGCACCCGUAGUGAGCAGAUUCUCAUCAAGAGGACCAGACAUCCUCGACGCUAACACCAAACAUGUUGCAGAUGUUCUGAAACCAGACAUCCUUGCUCCUGGCCACCAAAUCUGGGCUGCUUGGAGCCCUAUCAGUGCCCUACAACCUCUGCUCGCAGGUCAGAACUUCGGGUUGGUGUCUGGAACAAGCAUGGCCACGCCUCAUGUUGCAGGCAUUGCUGCUCUUGUGAAGCAGCAUAAUCCUUCUUGGACUCCUUCCAUGAUAGCUUCUGCAAUAUGCACAACGGCCACUAGGUAUGAUAACUUUGGAGAGAUGAUCAUGGCUCAAGGAAAUGAUAUCAAUAGCUUGUACCCUUCCACUCCUUUUGAUCAUGGAGCUGGCAUGAUCAACCCCAACUCUGCUAUUGAUCCUGGAUUGGUCUUCCCAGUAGGACAUGAAGACUACAUCAGUUUCCUGUGUUCUUUGCCAAACAUUGAUCCUGCAAAUAUAACAGCAGCCACAGGGGAAUCUUGCAAUUUCUCACUUGACUAUCCGUACAAUCUGAACCUUCCUUCAGUGACAAUAUCAUCAAUGACUGGCUCAGUUUCUGUGCGAAGAACUGUCAUGAAUGUGGCCAACAAGACAGAAACAUACUUGGGAUCGGUGUUACCACCUAAUGGAACUACAGUAAAGUUGAAUCCAUCUUGGUUUACCAUAAGUCCACAGCAAACACAAGAUCUGGAAAUACAAUUCUGUGUGACUCAACCAAUGGGUGCUUUCAGCUUCGGUGAAGUUGUUUUGACAGGAAGUCUGAAUCACAUUGUGAGAAUGACCUUGUCUGUGUUUCCAGUUUCAGUAUUAUGA